AUAUGACAUUUGAAUCUGAAAUAACUAAUAAUUAAUUUCAUUUAUGCUAAGAAAGACAUAUUUUUAGUUUGCCGGUUUGAUCAAGCCGUUUUGGUAUAUGUACUGUGCUCCAAAAUAAUGAUGACUCCCUGUUGUGUAUUGCGAGCUCCAGCGAUGAGCGUGAGUGACCCGCGAUGGUCAAAUGUGUGAGAAUUUCUGUGUGUUGCAGAGAGUUAGCGGCUGAGCACUAAUCUUCAGAACAUAUUUAAUGUUACGAAGGACUCAGCCAAUAAAGAGUGGUGAACACUAUCUUCUCUUUAUCAUUUGUACCAAAACUUUCUGAAGAUUAUUGGAAGAGUUGGUACAGAGAAGAAAUGAGUGAUUCAGAUGAAUUAGCGUUGGAACUUGAUGGAGUUGGACAGUUGUGGAAUGGAAGUUUACAAGAGGCUGAAGGUGCAGGUGUUACCAAUGUAAAAGAGAGAAUGCAGAUUGUGAAAGCAAAGAGAAAGGUGAUUAAAGGGAAAAUUACCAGAACUAUAAAUAGACUUAAAGACAACAUGCAAACUAAAAUGGUGAAAAAAAGAAGAAUUUUAAAGGAGUUAGAAGAACUCAGAGCUGAUUAUACAAAGGCAUGUGAAUUACAUGGAGAACUGUAUGAGUAUACAGAAGAGGCAAAAGUUGCAGGUUUAGAUAAAUGGGAGUCGGAUCUAACCAAUGAUAUCUAUGGAAUAGAAGAAUUAGCAGAGGAUUAUCUAGCAUCACUUGACAUCACAGAACAUGAAACAGAGACUGUGUCAAAGGGAAAGGGUAAAUUUGUCAAGGUUCAAAGUGGUCCUUCAACAUCAUUUCAAGCUGCUGAAGAUGAUGACAGUGCAUCUUAUAAAGAUAAUGCAUCUCAGGAUGACAAUACAUCUCUUGCUGGAUCAAGUGAAGGAUUUGACUGGUGGAUAACUUCACUGAAGGAGUAUCAGGAGACUAAACACUGUCUAAGCAACACCCCGAACAUGAGUUUAGCGGAGGCAUUGAUCAAGAUUGAAGCCAGUAGGGACAUACCUAAUAUCACUCUUCCUAAAUAUUCAGGGGAUCCUUUGGAAUAUGUGAAUUUCAUGGAAAGAUUCAAAAUUCAUAUCCAUGAUAAAGCACAUUUAACAGAUGCCAUGAGACUGGUACAAUUAAAGAUGCAUCUGACUGGUGAGGCUGAGAGGGCCAUUGCAGGACUUGGAUCUAGUGGUACCAUGUACGCUACUGCUUUAAAAAUGUUAAAGGAACAGUUCGGCCAGGAAAGUUAUAUUGCAAGAGCAUAUGUGAACAAGCUGACUAAGGGGAACAGAAUACAGGGACGAGAGGCGCUGCGAGAUUUCUCCUUAGAUCUGAUUAAUUGCAUAGCAACUUUAACACGGAUGGGUUCCUUUGCAGAUAUAAACGCAAAUGAUAAUUUGCGGCAGAUAGUAAUGCGUAUGCCAGGGUACCUUAUUGAUAGAUGGAAAGUGAAGGCAUCUGAUAUCAGAGAAAGAGGUGAACGGCCGUCAAUUCGCCAUAUCAGUGAUUUUAUCAGAAAACAGGUAAAAGCAGAGUUCGACCCAGACUUUGGGGAUUUGGAAAGAAGAAGUGAUUCCAGAAGGAUAAAGGGGUUAUAUUCUCAUCAGCAGAUGAAGAGGGGGCCCAUAUGUUAUCUUUGUUCUGAAGAACAUAGAAUCUCAGAUUGCCCAACAUUCACAGAUUGUACUGUUCCAGAGAGGACUCAGAAGGUUCGAGACCUACGUCUGUGUUUUGGCUGUCUUGUCAGAGGCCAUAUUACGAGAGACUGUAAGACCAAGAAGGCCUGUGGUAUCAACGGAUGUUCACGUACACACAACAAGAUGUUGCAUUUUGACCCACAGGUGGCCAGUUCUAUCAUUGAUACAAAUAGUAUUCUACCAGUGGUCAGGGUGAUGUUUAAAUCCUUAAAUGGUAGGACCAGGGAAGGUAAUGUCCUCAUAGAUGGAGGUGCAGGAACCACAAUCAUUCGCAAAGAAUUUGCAAAAUCACUUGGUCUCCAGGGUAACAAGGAGAGACUUGAUCUAUCACUUGUAGGAUGUGAGAAACUUGAGAACAUUAACAGUCGCAGAUUGAAAUUUUGGAUUUCUUCACUUGAAAGUAGUGAGGCAUUUGAAGUAGAAGCUUAUGAGAUUGAUAAGACUGUUUUGAAUGUUAAGCCUUUGGAUAGAAACUGGUUGAGAUCAUUCUCACAUCUUAACAACAUCGAAUUGUCGCACAAGGCGGGACCUAUUGAUCUUAUCUUGGGAGUUCAGUAUUCUCACUUGCAUGCUGAAGAAAAGGUUCGUCAAGGUCUUCCAUUUGAUCCGAUCGGAAAGAAGAGCAAGCUCGGAUGGUAUGUGAUGGGUCCAGACAAAACUCAACGUUCAGUGAUAUGCUCAGUGAACUUUGUGGAGAAACUUAAUCUUGACAAAUUCUACCAAUUUGAAACAUUGGGGGUACAAGCUCCAAAUUGUAAAUGUUCUGUUGAAGUACUCUCAAGUGAGGAUCGAGUAGCACUCAAACUGAUGAAAGAAUCGUGUCGCAAGGUUCAGGACAGAUACGAGAUUGGUCUUCCUUGGAAGAAGAACCCUGCCUUACUUCCAAACAACUAUAAUGUAGCCUAUAGAAGACUUGUGUCUCUUGAGAAGAAUCUCCUGAAGAAUGACCAAAAGGCUAAAAUGUAUUGUGAUGCUGUGAAUGAGUAUGAGCAGAAAGAAUGGGCAGAAAAGAUUGAUGAACCCAAUGUGAAAACUAGUGGUUUCCCAGUUUAUUAUCUUCCACACCAUGGAGUUUAUAGACCGGACAAGCCCAGUACCCCAUUGAGAGUUGUGUUUGAUCCGGCAUGUGUGUGUGAUGGUGUAUCCCUCAACUCAUAUCUGUAUAAGGGUCCAGGUCUCAUUGGGAACUUGCUGAGUGUUCUUCUGAGGUUUCGAGAGGACAGAGUUGCUAUAGUUGGAGACAUCUCCAAGAUGUAUCUCCAGAUCAGGUUGAGAGAGAGUGACACUCAUUUACACAGAUUCCUAUGGAGAGACUUAGAGGUGGAUAGAGAGCCGUCAGUGUACAGAUUGCUCAGAGUGGCUUUCGGUGAUAAGUCCUCUCCAGAGAUGGCAAGUUAUGUAAUGCUUCGAAUUGCUGAAGAGAAUGAGGACAGAUAUCCUGAGGCAUCAGCAAUUUUGAGAGACGACAGGUAUAUGGACGAUCUGAUUCAUUCGUGUGAAACCCCAGGAAAGGCUACGAAGAAAAUCAAUGAGGUUAAUGCUGUGUUAGCCACUGGACAGUUUCAGAUCAAAAAGUGGUUUUGUUCUUCGCAGUUGGUUCGUGAACAGAGUAGAGAAAAUUAA